AUGGAAGAACGGACAUGGACAAUGAGAGAUGCCAGAACUGGGGUAGCUGAAGGUGAUGUCUGUGAGGAAACAAGCAGCAUCCUGCGGCUGGUGAUGACCCCUCUGGAAAGCAAAUCUAUGACUUUAUAUGGCAGCUAUCACUGCCCUACAGUUGGAUUUCAUUAUUUGAAUGAGAUGAAAAUCAGUAUUCAAGCAUACGUGAAGCUUUGUGUGAUAGAAACACUUUCAAAACUUUCUCGCACUCCUAUUGCAAUUGGCACAGGAAUAAGGCCAUUCCCUACAGAAGAAAGCGUUGAUGAUGAAGACGUCUACAAAUGUCUUCCUGAUUUAAUAGAUGAAACUGGUGUUGAUGAAGAUGAAGACUUGUAUGAUUGUGUCUAUGGAGAAGAUGAAGGUGGGGAGGUUUAUGAAGACCUAAUGAAAGAUGAAGCAGCACAGCAACCUAAAUACACUGAAAAUGACAUAAGAAGCUGUUGUCUUGCUGAAAUAAAGCAAACUGAAGAGAAAUACACUGAAACUCUGGAAUCAAUAGAGAAAUUCUUCAUGGUACCAUUGAAAAGGUUUCUGUCGGCAUCAGAAUUUGAUACUGUUUUCAUCAACAUUCCUGAUUUGGUGAAAAUUCACAAGAAUCUAACACAGGACAUCAAUGAUUCUAUUGUUAACAAAAAUGAUCAGAAUCUAUACCAGAUUUUUAUUAACUACAAGGAAAGAUUGGUUAUUUAUGGACAGUACUGCAGUCAAGUGGAGAUAGCAAUAUCAUGCUUAGACAACAUCUCUAAGACAAAAGAAGAUGUUAAAUUGAAGUUAGAGGAAUGUUCCAAGAGGGCCAAUAAUGGGAAAUUCACAUUGCGGGAUCUUCUAGUGGUUCCAAUGCAGAGAGUGCUAAAAUAUCACCUACUGCUCCAGGAGCUGGUAAAGCACACUACUGAUCCCAUGGAGAAGGCAAAUCUAAAGCUGGCACUUGAUGCAAUGAAGGACUUGGCUCAAUACGUAAAUGAAGUGAAGAGAGAUAAUGAAACACUUCGUGAGAUCAGACAGUUUCAACUAUCAAUAGAGAAUCUGAAUCAUUCCCUCUUACAGUAUGGAAGACCUCAAGGUGAUGGGGAAAUAAGGAUAACUACGUUAGACAAACGUGCGAGGCAAGACAGGCAUAUCUUCUUGUUUGAUCUAGCUGUAAUUGUUUGCAAACGGAGAGGUGAUAAUUAUGAAAUGAAGGAAAUAAUAGAUCUUCAGAAAUACAAAAUUACAAAUAACCCCACUACUGAUAAAGAAAAUAAGAAGUGGUCUUAUGGCUUCUACCUCAUUCAUAUCCAAGGUCAAAACGGUUUAGAAGUUUAUUGCAAAACUAAAGACUUGAAGAAAAAGUGGCUUGAACAGUUUCAGAUGGCUCUGUCCAACAUACGUCCAGACUAUGCAGAUACAAGCUUUCAUGAGUUCAAAAUGCACACUUUCAGUCGCGUGACGUCAUGCAAAGUCUGUCAGAUGCUUCUGAGGGGAACAUUUUAUCAAGGCUAUUUAUGUUCUAAGUGUGGAGCUGGAGCACACAAAGAAUGUUUAGGAAGAUUAGACAACUGUGGCAGAGCUAAUUCAGGUGAACAUGGGAGCCUGAAACACGAGAAACGAACGAAUGGGAUUAGAAGAAACUCCAGACACGUGGACCCAGGUUUACCAAAAAUGCAAGUCAUUCGAAACUACAAUGGAAUACCACAGCCAGCAACACAAGAUGGUCCACCAUUGCAUAUCCAGAUUGGGGACACUAUUGAACUAAUUAGAGGAGAUGCACAUAGCUUAUUUUGGCAGGGCAGAAAUCUAACAACAGGAGAGCUUGGAUUCUUCCCAAGUGAUGCAGUGAAGCCUAGUCCAUGUGUUCCUAAACCAGUUGACUACUCUUCACAACUGUGGUUUGCAGGAGCAAUGGAAAGAUUGCAAGCAGAGAGUGAACUUAUUAACAGAGUAAAUAGCACUUACCUGGUACGGCACAGGACCAAAGAGUCAGGAGAAUAUGCAAUUAGUAUUAAGUACAAUAACGAAGUGAAGCACAUCAAGAUUUUAACAAGAGAUGGCUUUUUCCACAUUGCGGAAAACCGAAAAUUUAAAAAUUUAAUGGAACUCAUAGAGUAUUAUAAGCACCAUUCUCUCAAAGAAGGCUUUCGAAGUUUGGAUACUACUCUUCAAUUUCCAUACAAAGAAUCUGAAAACUCAAUGGGACAAAGAAGUAACAGAACAGGUGGCAACUUGCUAAGCCCGAAGGUAAUAGGCAUUGCCAUAGCCAGGUAUGACUUCUGUGCAAGAGACAUGAGAGAACUGUCCUUAUUGAAAGGGGAUGUCGUAAAGAUUUACACAAAGAUGAGUGCAAAUGGCUGGUGGAGAGGCGAAGUAAAUGGAAGGGUGGGCUGGUUUCCAUCAACUUAUGUUGAAGAGGAUGAAUGAAUUAAAACCUUUCCUCUGCUGACCAGCAGUUUCAGGGAUUGUAAAAAUGUACUAUCUUCAAAGGGUUAUUGGUCUUGUUAAGUAUUUAAACAGCAGCAUUUUUGUCUGCCUGAACCUUCCAGUCUUAAUGUUGGGAUUUAUACAGAAGUUUGUACUGACAGAUUAUUACCUUGCCCAGAGCUGUGCAAGAAACAACCUGAAGGUUUGCCAUCACUGGGGAUCAGUACAAAGUCCAACCUUCACCUUCCCAGAAGAUCCCUGGAAAACAAAUUUCUUUAUGUUCCUUUUCAUUUCACCCUGUACUACACCAUGAAUACUAUGAAUAUUAUUCAGUUAUGGCUGAAUAUUUAAUAAGUCUUUUUUCUUCUAGCUAACAUCUGUGAUGGUACAAGGAGAUGAAGGCUUAUUAUUCCUUAUCACUGCAUGCGGAAAACAGAGUUCAGUCAUUCCAGUGGACAUAAAGUAUAGUCAGUAGACUUGUCUUGAAACAUCAAACUAAUUAUCACCU